AUGAGCCUGCCCAACUUGCGCGGCAUAUUUCGCUCUUCACGCACAGAGGCACAAGAGUACGAGCUGCGCCGCAAUGCAUGGCUGCGUCUACUGGGCUUUGCCAUAUCUUGUAUUGCAAUUGUGCUUGUAGCGAACCGCGCAAGUGUGCUUCGCCGACUCCAGCAGGCGCGUUUGGGCACUGCAUAA